CCUUCCCGCCAAAAGCUCACCGUCCUCGUCUACUUCCAUGGAGGUGGCUUCUGCAUAGAAUCCGCCUUCAACUUAACCGAAACCACAUUCACAAACAGUUGACUUUAUUUUUACUCUCUUUCGUCUUCGAAUAGUAGAGGUUUUGAACCAUUUGUUAUAUCUGAUGCGUAUAUCAGAGAAGCCAGUCCAGAGACGAGUUGCUUUAGCUCUUGCCCAUCUUUGUUCCCCAGAGGACCAGAGAACCAUAUUUAUUGAAAAUAAUGGUUUGGAGUUGCUUCUUGGGCUUCUUGGUUCUGCGAGCCCAAAGCAGCAAUUUGAUGCCGCUGUGCCUUUAUACAAGUUGGCCAACAAAGCUAUGACUCUUUCUCCUAUUGAUGCAGCUCCCCCUUCUCCAACACCACAGGUUUAUUUGGGGGAGCAAUAUGUAAAUAAUGCUACUUUGUCGGAUGUUACCUUUCUUGUUGAAGGUAGACGGUUCUAUGCUCAUAGAAUUUGCCUUCUUGCUUCUUCAGAUGCAUUUCGUGCAAUGUUUGAUGGUGGCUAUCGGGAGAAGGAUGCAAGGGAUAUUGAAAUUCCAAACAUUAGAUGGGAGGUUUUUGAGUUGAUGAUGAGAUUUAUAUACACUGGAUCAGUGGAUGUUACAUUAGAUAUUGCACAAGAUCUCCUCAGAGCUGCUGAUCAGUAUCUGUUGGAGGGACUUAAGCGACUCUGUGAAUAUGCUAUUGCACAGGAUAUAUCAUUGGAAAAUGUGUCUAGCAUGUAUGAACUUUCAGAGGCCUUCAAUGCUAUAUCAUUAAGGCACACAUGCAUUCUGUUUAUCUUGGAGCAGUUUGAUAAAUUGAAUGCAAGGCCCGGGUAUGUAGUUCCAUUAUGCUAGCUGCUAGACAUUCUUGUUUUUCUGUAAGAACUAAGAAAACCCAAUAGCUAGAUGUGUAUAUACCAAAAUAAUAAUAAUAAUAAUAAUAAUAAUAAAAAGGCUAGUGUGUU